GACUCCCUUCUUCCUCAAGCUGGAGUUUUUAUAGGAGGGUCGCUACCAAACAGGCUUCAACUUCUUGCUAACUACAGUAAUCGUUAGCGCUCUAGUCGCUGUUUUUCCGACAUCGUCCUUCCUGAUCUCCCCCAGUUUUUUCCGGAAAAAGAGCUUCCGUCUGUCUUCCUCAGUCGUUUUUUGUUCCAAGCUUCGUGUCGUUCGGAAACGGAGCGUUACAUAGGAUUUUCACAACGCUUGGACCAUGCCAUUACCGCGCUCUUGACGCGCCGCGACUUGCCAUCCCUUCGCACCGUGCGAGUGACUCGUUAUUAGCUGUUUUUCCUAGCCAUGGUUAGCUGGAACGCGACGGUUACCUAUACCCGGUCAUUCUAGCUGUACUAAUACCUUCGUAUACUUCAUUCGCAAGCGACGCGGCCUAACCGAGCAAGCCGUGUCGCAUUUUCGUAGCAGCGUCAUGGACCGGCGCUUCGCGUCGCUCGCGAAUCUCGCGAAUUUCGCGAAUCGAGUUCCCCAGGGACGACGCAUCUCUUUCGCGCAAGUCGCCGUGUUGAUCGCUGCUGCAAUUCUGAAUCUUGGGCCAAUCCAGUCCGUUAGUGCCGCGACGGACCCAGCUCAAGUGGCCACCCUUCGCGCCAUAGCGUCAGCCUUUCCUUCCUCCAACUCGUUCUUCAAUGCCUGGAGUGGAGACGACCCCUGUGCUGCCAGCAGCGGCUGGCCUGGGGUCAGCUGCGAGAACAACGGCACAGGCAGCCGUGUGGUUACAUCGCUAACUCUUCAAGGGCUGGGGCUUUCCGGGCAGCUUCCUCCUGCUCUCUUUGAGCUCACCACCCUUACAGCCCUGGACAUCUCACUCAACCAGGGCCUCACAGGCAGCAUCUACAGCACCAUCGGCUCUCUUUCCAGCCUCGCCAUGCUGGACAUGCACGGGUGCAGUCUGUCGGGGCCCAUCCCUGCUACAAUCGGCCUCGUUAAGAAGCUCAGCUUCUUUGCUGUCAGCAGCAACAAGCUGUCUGGCAGCAUUCCUAGACAGGUGGCGAAUCUAACGAACCUCUACUUCCUUGACAUCACAGACAACCAGAUCUCGGGGCCUGUGCCCGUCCAACCAGGAUUCGACACGUGUACCAACAUCGCCCACCUGUGUGUGCCUCUCCUUGUCGUCCGAUGAAAUCGCCCUCUCCCCUCUCAAUAUGUCCCCUCUCAAUAUCUCCCCUCUCUCCUCCACAACACACUUUUCUGUCACUCUCCCUCACAUGCUAUCACAUGUUUGAGGCGCCUCAAAAGUCACUCUCCCUCACAUGCUAUCACAUGUUUGAGGCGCCUCAAAAUUCACUCUCCCUCACAUACUAUCACAUGUACCUACCAACAUCGCCCACCUGUGCGGGCUUCUCCUUGUCCAUAGUCCAAUGAACUAGCCCUCGCCCGUUCCGUGGACAAGUCUCUAUCUGCUUUUGAGUUGACUCGAAAGCAUGUCCCGAGCUGCCAUGUGUCCCAUUCCCUCGCUGCCCUCACCACGUUUAGAGGCGCCUCAAAACCUGCCAUGUGCCGCAUUCCCCUCGCUGCCCUCACCACGUUUAGAGGCGCCUCAAAACCUGCCAUGUGCCGCAUUCCCCUCGCUGCCCUCACCACGUUUAGAGGCGCCUCAAAACCUGCCAUGUGCCGCAUUCCCCUCGCUGCCCUCACCACGUUUAGAGGCGCCUAAAAACCUGCCAUGUGCCGCAUUCCCCUCACUGCCCUCACCACGUUUAGAGGUGCCUCAAAACCUGCCAUGUGCCGCAUUCCCCUCGCUGCCCUCACCACGUUUAGAGGCGCCUCAAAACCUGCCAUGUGCCGCGUUCCCCUCGCUGCCCUCACCACGUUUAGAGGCGCCUCAAAACCUGCCAUGUGCCGCAUUCCCCUCGCUGCCCUCACCACGUUUAGAGGCGCCUCAAAACCUGCCAUGUGCCGCAUUCCCCUCGCUGCCCUCACCACGUUUAGAGGCGCCUCAAAACCUGCCAUGUGCCGCAUUCCCCUCGCUGCCCUCACCACGUUUAGAGGCGCCUCAAAACCUGCCAUGUGCCGCAUUCCCCUCGCUGCCCUCACCACGUUUAGAGGCGCCUCAAAACCUGCCAUGUGCCGCAUUCCCCUCGCUGCCCUCACCACGUUUAGAGGCGCCUCAAAACCUGCCAUGUGCCGCAUUCCCCUCGCUGCCCUCACCACGUUUAGAGGCGCCUCAAAACCUGCCAUAGGCGCCUCAAAACCUGCCAUGUGCCGCAUUCCCCUCGCUGCCCUCACCACGUUUAGAGGCGCCUCAAAACCUGCCAUGUGCCGCAUUCCCCUCGCUGCCCUCACCACGUUUAGAGGCGCCUCAAAACCUGCCAUGUGCCGCAUUCCCCUCGCUGCCCUCACCCACAGGCGCCUCAAAACCUGCCAUGUGCCGCAUUCCCCUCGCUGCCCUCACCACGUUUAGAGGCGCCUCAAAACCUGCCAUGUGCCGCAUUCCCCUCGCUGCCCUCACCACGUUUAGAGGCGCCUCA